AUGAUUAAGAUACUUUAUUUAGUAGCAGUAAUCGCGGUGGUCGUUGCACCACAUGCGGAGGCUGAAAUCUUGUGCAGCACGGCAGCGUCCACCCUAUCUCCAUGUCUCAACUAUGUCAUGUACGGCGGCCAUCAGGUACCAUCUAACUGCUGCGCCAGUAUUAAGUCACUUUACGGCAUGGCUGAGACCACAAGUGACCGACAAUCUAUUUGCACGUGCUUGAAAACGGUGGCGGCGUCUGCCUCCGCGUCCAGCAUUAAAAACGCGGCUGGCCUUCCGGUGCGGUAUUUUUGUAAUGGCGUUUUUAUGUUGCAGGGUGCAGUAAAACUGAAGAUGGAAUGGAGAUUUUAUACUACAAUUAAUAAGAGAAGUUUAUUGGAAAACUUGGGUAUAACUGUUCUUUAA